CUCACCCUCAGACAUAAAGGGUGUAAAAUACAUCCAAGAGAUGCUCACCUGUUGCAGUUGCAUUUUACAAUGGGGGAUUUGAAGCACAGUAAUAGUAUAGACGACAGAGUUCUAUCGGCCGUUCCCCUUAGACAGGGGGACAUUAAAGUUGUAUUUCACAAAGUUGGCGAUGACGACGACGAUGAACACACUACUGAGAGGAUUAAUUUACAAAAUAACAGUCAUGAUGAGCGGGGUAAUGAAGAGGCAAGGACUAGAACAGUGGAAAGCAGUGCGAAGCAAAGAGUGUGUCCUCCCUUGUGUUGUAGAAUUGGCGGCGGCGGAGAUCCCAUCUCAACGGACCCAGGAGACACAGUUGUCAAAGAGAAUAAACAUUGUCCAGGACUGGGCCUGUUUUAUGGCCUGCUGGCAACAGUAUUCUUCUCCAUUAUAGUUCUUCUGGUGAAGACAAUAGAUGGAGUCCAUGCUGUAGAAAUCAGUGCCAUUCGCUGCUUCUUUCAGAUGCUGUUUGUGAUGCCUAUGCUUAUCUAUUACAAGACUGGCUUCCUUGGACCAAGAGACAAGUGGAUCUAUUUGGUGAUGAGAGGGUUCUUGGGUUCCAACGCCAUGAUCCUAUUGUUCUAUGCAGUUCAGCAGAUGCCCCUGGCUGAUGCAACAGUCAUCAUGUUCAGCAACCCAGUGUUCACCGCCUUGUUAGCCUGGAUCUUCCUCAAAGAGAAAUGCACAAUUUGGGACUGUGUCUUCACUGUGUUCACACUGGCUGGUGUCAUAAUGAUAGCCAGGCCUCCCUUCAUAUUUGGUGCUCGUAGAGAGGGAAUAGAGGGAGACUACACCAAUCAUCUCAAGGGGACUAUUGCAGCCUUCGGUGGAGCGUUAGGAGCAGCCUGCACUUUAGUUAUACUCAGGAAAAUGGGCAAAAGUGUCCACUACUAUCUGUCUGUGUGGUACUAUGCGGUCAUUGGUUUCAUUGAGUGUGUCAUCACUUUGUUUAUACUUGGUGAAUGGACCAUUCCAUUCUGUGGGAGAGACAGGUGGAUCCUUAUGCUGAUAGCAAUCCUGGGUAUUGCUGGCCAAACGUUCCUCACCAAAGCACUUCAGAUUGAGAAGGCCGGCCCUGUGGCCUUGAUGAGGACCGUUGACGUGGUCCUGGCCUUUAUUUUCCAGUUCUUUUUUUUCAACCGUAAGCCCACCAUGUGGAGUCUCGGUGGGGCAUGUUGUGUGGUCGUCAGUACCUGUGGUGUGGCUCUAAGGAAGUGGUACAGCAACACACACCCAAGAAAGAACCGUGAACCACGCAUCAGACAAAUAUUUGAUUCCAGGAAUAAAUGAAAGGUUAUCAAUUAA